AUGGGCUUCGCGUCGGAGCUGAGCAGCGCCCAGGGGCACGGGGCCCUGCAGCGCCUGCAGGAGGCCGAGCUGCGGCUGCUGGAGGGCAUGAGGAAGUGGAUGGCCCAGCGGGUCAAGAGCGACCGCGAGUACGCGGGCCUGCUCCAUCAGAUGGCCCAGCACCAGGACGGCACCGACCGGACGGCGGGACCCAUCGGCCAGUCUUGGUCAGAAAUAGUCAGUCAGACGGAGGGCCUGAGCCGGAUUCUGCGGCAGCACGCGGAGGAUCUGAACUCGGGGCCCCUGAGCAAGCUGAGCGUCAUGAUUCGGGAGCGGCAGCAGCUGCGCAAGGCCUUCGGUGAGCAAUGGCAGCGGCUGCAGCAGGAUCUCACCAAGAUCCACAGCCAGGAGAUCGAGAAGCUGAAGAGUCAGUACCGGGUCCUGGCCCGGGACAGCGCUCAGGCUAAGCGCAGAUACCAUGAGACCAGCAAAGACAAGGACCGAGACAAGGCCAAGGACAAGUACGUGCGGAGCCUCUGGAAGCUGUACGCUCAGCACAACCGCUACGUGCUGGGCGUCCAGGCCGCCCAGCUGCACCACCACCACCACCACCAGCAGAUGCUACCCACCCUCCUCCAGUCCCUGCAGGACCUGCACCAGGAGAUGGCCCACAUCCUGAAGGAGAUCCUGCAGGAAUACGCCGAGAUCAGCAGCCUGGUGGAGGAGGAAGUUGUGGCCGUGCAUCGGGACAUCGCCGCCGCCGCCGCCCGCAUCGACCCCCACGCCGAAUACCACAGCUUCCUGCAGCAGCACCGGUCGCCGCCAGACAUCCCGCCCUGCGUGACCUUCGACAACUCCCUGCUGGAGGACUGCGAGCAGCUGGAGCCGGGCGAGCUGCAGCUGAACGAGCUGACCAUCGAGAGCGUGCAGCACACCCUGACUUCAGUGAACGAGGACCUGGCCCAGGCCAAGGAGACGAUGCUCCGACGUCAGGAGGCCAUGGCCCAGCUGCAGAUGGAGAUCCAGAGUGAGGAGCGGAGCCUCCCGCCCAGGGACAGAGUGCAGUUGUUGGGGAAGCGCCAGGCCCUGCAGGAAGCCAUACAGCAGUUUCAGAUAGCCCACUGCAGCCAGGCCAAGCUGCAAGCCCAGUGUGACCUGCUGCAGGCCAAGCUGGACAGCCUGGGACCCGGGGAGCCACCCCCCGUGCUCGUGCUGCAGGAUGACCGGCACUCCACCUCCUCCACGGAGCAGGAACGGGAUGGGUCUCGCACCCCCACCCUGGAGAUCCUCAAGAAUCACAUCUCAGGCAUCUUCCGCCCCAAAUUCUCACUCCCUCCGCCGUUGCCGCUGGUCCCGGCCACGCAGAAGCCCCUGCAGGAUCAGGAAUGGUACCACGGGGCCAUUCCCCGCACAGAGGUGCAGGAGCUGCUGCAGGCUUCCGGGGACUUCCUCGUGCGCGAGAGCCAGGGCAAGCAGGAGUACGUGCUGUCCGUGCUGUGGGACGGGCAGCCCCGACACUUCAUCAUCCAGUCGGCCGACAACGUGUACCGGCUGGAAGGGGAUGGCUUCCUCAGCAUCCCGCUGCUCGUCGACCACCUGCUCCGCUCCCAGCAGCCCCUGACCAAGAAGAGCGGCGUCAUCCUGAGCAAGCCCGUCCCCCGGGACAAGUGGGUCCUGAACCACGAGGACCUGGUGCUCGGGGAGCGGAUCGGACGGGGGAACUUCGGGGAGGUGUUCAGCGGCCGGCUGCGGGCCGACAACACCCUGGUGGCGGUGAAGUCCUGCCGGGAGACUCUCCCGCCCGAGCUCAAGGCCAAGUUCCUGCAGGAGGCAAGGAUCCUGAAGCAGUACAGUCACCCCAACAUCGUGCGCCUCAUUGGAGUCUGCACCCAGAAACAGCCCAUCUACAUCGUCAUGGAGCUGGUGCAGGGCGGAGACUUCUUGACCUUCCUGCGGACGGAGGGCUCCCGGCUGCGGGUGAAGCUGCUGCUGCAGUUUGUGGGGGACGCGGCGGCGGGCAUGGAGUAUCUGGAGAGCAAAAGCUGCAUCCACCGGGAUCUGGCCGCCCGGAACUGCCUGGUGACGGAGAAGAACACGCUGAAGAUCAGCGACUUUGGCAUGUCCCGGGAGGGAGCCGAUGGAGUCUACGCGGCCUCGGGAGGCCUCAGACAGAUCCCCGUCAAGUGGACGGCACCCGAGGCCCUUAACUACGGACGCUACUCCUCCGAGAGCGACGUGUGGAGCUUCGGGAUCCUGCUGUGGGAGACCUUCAGCCUGGGGGCUUCGCCCUACCCCAAUCUCAACAACCAGCAAACCCGGGAGCUGGUGGAGAAAGGAGGGCGCCUGCCCUGCCCGGACCUGUGCCCGGAUGCCGUGUUCCGGCUGAUGGAGCACUGCUGGGCCUACGAGCCCAGCGACAGACCCAGCUUCAACGCCAUCCACCAGGAGCUGCAGGCCAUCCGCAAACGGCACCGGUGAUACCCGGAAGGGGAAGCUCACCCCUCCGCCGCGCCCCCGGGCCUCCCGCCCGACACCCACCAGCCCAGAGCCUGGGGCCGAGGAGCCCGACAGGAGGUUGGGGGGCCUGGCCGCCACCCUCCUCCGUUGCGGCCGGAGCCCGUCGCCCCCGGCGGGCACACCCCGCCCCGUUCCGCUCUUCCCCCAGGGCCCAGCUUUGCCUUUUGUUCUGAAUUAAUAAUAAAGUCAGGGGCACCCAA